ACACUUGUCAAAAUUGCAAUUUUCGCUUGACUGUCACAACGUUUAAAGAAUUGUUUUUGCAAUAAAAUCUCAAUCGUGGAUAAAACAUUAAAGUAAUUAAAGUAAUAAAUCAUUCCAACUAUGGAUCUUAGUGGUCCACAGUCGUUGGCAGACAUAUUUGCGCCGGAUGAACUGGAGCACUUGCCAACCGGCGUGCAAAACAAAUUCAAGUCUUAUAUUGACAAAUUUUUUGACGAAUAUUGUAAGGAACGAGCGGCCGCGAAUCGCCUUAGUGAGACUGAACAAAAGAACGAAGAGUUAAAAAACCAAAUACUCGAUAGUCAAGUAAAGUUUAGUAACUUUGAGCAGAAUGUAAGCGAAUUACGCACCCAACUUGACCAAGUGUCCGUUGAGCGUGACCAACUGCUGGCAUCUGUUAAGAACUAUGACAACGAUGUCGCCACAUUGCGCAAGGAGAAGGGAGUUUUUGUCGAUGAGCGCGACUCUCUUCUAAAAGUUAUCGAGCGACAGAAUGGGGAGCUAGAGCGCCUGAAGCAGGAUCUGUCCACCUACCAGCAACAGCUGAGGAGCGCCAUCACAUCCAAGUGUGAGGCCAUUGCUCGCUUCGAUGAGGUGCAGAGCAAGGAGGUUUCGCUGGACAUCAAGGAACGCCGACUGGAGAGCGAGCGUGCCAUGUUACAGAAUGAAAUUCAAUUGCUGAGCAGCGAUUUGAAUCGCAAUAACGCUGAACUACAGAAUUUGCGACGUGAUCAUUCCCUGAACAUCAUGCAUCUGGAGGUGCGUCUCAAGGAGAAAUGCGAUGAGCUGCAGAUACUCCAGACACAAAAUGCACAGUAUUCGAAGGCCAUUGAGGACUUGAACAAAAAAAUUGAGGAUCAGACCGACACCAUUUUCAAUCAGAACAAUGCAACUGAAAAGCUCAUAGAUACUCUGAAGAAAGAACUGGACGCAAAGGAGAAACUGGUCGAGAUAUACAAGAACACCGAAUCCGAGAAUAGCACAGAGCGCAAUGAGCUGCUAAAGGGCAUAACUGAUCUGAAACGUAUGGUUACCGAAACCACUGAUCAAUAUGGUGAACUGGAGUCCGAAUUCCAGCUAACCAAAGAGAAGCAUGCCGAGGAAAUCGCUGCUUUGAACAAAACUAUUGACUCACUUAAGACAGAAAUCGCACACGCCAACGAUCUGCUUAAGGAGGCACAGGAGCAGAGUUUGGAGAGUGUCAUUUGCAAGUUGGCACCCACAGCAGCUGUUGCCAGUCGUUUAAUACGCUCUGACAUGUCGCUUACCGAACUGUAUUCAAUGUAUGCCAAAAAUUCGGAAGAACUGGAGUCCAAAAAUAUGGAGAACGCUCAGCUUAAGCUACAGAUCAAGUCCAUCGUUGAGGAGAUCAAUGAGCGUGCUCCGAUCUUUAAGAAACAAGACUUGGACUACAGUAAACUGACCGAGGCGCAUACUCUGUUAUUACAGCAACGUGACGAGCUGGUCGAUAAGAAGAUGAGUCUGGAGCAAGAGCUGGAGCAGACACAAUUCGAUGUCAAUCGUCACGUCAAGGAGAAUAAGAAACUAAAGCAAUCACAAGUCGAUCUAAGUCGCCAGGUUUGCCUGCUCCUGGAUGAGCUUAACUGUUUGCGUGCUGGCGUCAGUCGUCCACGCAAUCAACCUCAACCUGGCAUCAUCAACAACUCCAGCGAUGCCAUCAGCAGAGAUCUGGUCACAUUUGAAUCCAUUACCGAAAUGCAAGAGCAAAAUGUUAAGUUGUUGUCACUGAUACGUGAACUGACCACCGCACUGGAGGCCAAUGAGCUGAAGAAUGACGAAUUGCAAUUGAAGGCGUAUGAGGAGAAUUUCGAGAAGGCCACAAAACGUCUAAGCGAAAUGGAAGAGACUCUAAAUCAGAAGAACAAUACAAUUGAAACAUUGAUGUCCAAGUGUGAGCGCUACAAGAAGUUCUACUUUGAAUCCCAAAAGAAGUUAGGCAGCCAGAUCAUAGACCUAGACGAUUCGACCAUACUUAUAGAUGAAUCCCAACUUAAUCAAUCAAAGGCAACUGCAAAUAACAGCAAACUUGAGGCAGAAGCCAAGUUGGAGCGUCGCAUACGCAGUCUGGAGCAACAGUUGGAGGAUGAGUCCAGGAAAUAUGCAGAACUUAAGGAGAACUACGACUACUACACCAGCGAGAAGCGCAAGAACGAUGCCCUUGUCCAGGAACAGUUUGAUUCAAUGCGCAAGGAGGUGCGUGAGUUGACAUCCGUUAAUUGCAAACUUAUGAAUGCAUCCGAGUUCCAAAAGGAGCAAACGGAAUUGUUGCAAAAGGGUAUUGGAACCUACAAACAACAGAUUGCAGCUCUCGAGGAACGCACCAAGAAUUAUGAGAAGACUAUUGUAAAGCACGAGCAGACCGUGCACAUGCUAAAGGAUGAGGUAAUGACGGCUCAUCGCAAGCAAGUCGCAGCCGACACGGAGGCUCACAGUCUCCGACAUGAGAACCGUGUUCUCAAGGACACAACUUCUCGUCUUCAGGCCGAGAAGGAAGGCUUCCAUCGUGAGCAUCAGAGUCAGGCACUUUUGCUAAACAAUCUGGAAUUUAUAAAGGCCAAUCUCGAGCGUUCCGAGACCGAGGGACGUUUGCGAUUGGAGCAACGACUUGAUGACACUGUGCGUGAAUUGUCCGCCCAGCGACGACACUUCCAGGAGGAGGAAGAGAAGUUCCGCGAAACUGUCAAUGAAUUUAAACGUCAAACCGAAACGGCCAACAAGCUUAAGGAAGAGGAACGCCAACAGGCUGAAAAAUAUCAUCAGGAAUUAAUUGCUGUGCGUGAGGAGCUCGCUGCAAAGGUGAACCAGGUGAAUGAUUUGAGCAAGAAGUUGCAGGAGAGCCUAACCCCCUCCAAGGAUGAGAAUCCCAUCACAGCAGCCAACAAAAAGGCGCGCGAAUUUGAGCUUAGAUACGAACAGGCCAGAGUUGAGAUCGAGUCACUCACCAAGGAGCUGGCGAAGACACGUGAACAUGGAGAUCAGUUCUACAAGAUGUCUCAAAGUGCGGAAAGCGAAAUUAAACGUCUGCAUGACAUGCACACUGAAAUGGUUGGCAAAAUGGAUGCAGAGAUAAAGAAACUGAAGAAUUCAGAGGCUGAAUUGCAAUCCCGUGUCACAGAUCUGGAAGCCGAAGUGAUGCUCAGCAAUGUUACCGAACAGAGCAAGUCCACCAAUCAAUCUGAUCAGCUGAAGCUUGCCCAGGAGGAGCUGAAGAAUGUGCUCGAGAAACUAACGGAAUCGGGUCGCUCGAUUCGUACUCUACGUGCCGAGAAUUCCACUCUAGCCGAGUCCCUCAAUUCCGUGGAAGUCAAGUAUGCCAAUGAAAUGGUAUUGCACUCGGCGGACAUUCAGGAAUUAUCAAAGUUCAAGGCUGACUUCUUGAAGGUGCAAGACGAACUGAAUCAGCUUAAAAGCGGACGUGAAUCCCUGCAAUCUGCCCACGAUGAGCUGAAGAAGGCGAAUGCUGAGGCGCAGAGUCUCUUGCAAAAGGAGAAGGAGGAGUCGGAGAAGCGUGUAGCCGAUCUAAAUGCGCUCAAUUCCAGUCUGCACGAUCAGAUCGAGGCGUUGACCACAAAAUUGGCUGCACUUGCGCAAUCUGCGAACAGUCAAAAUGUAUCUGUAACACUUAAUGAAUCCUUGUCUGAGAUGGAUGUGAACACCUCGUCGGCUGUGGACGAGAUUAAGAAUAGUGAGCAGCUUUUGAAGAUUAUUAAAUUCCUGCGCAAGGAGAAGGAUCUGUUUGCAGCCAAGUUGGACAUCAUCAAGGCUGAGAAUGCGCGUCUCGUAUCCGAGCAUACGAUUCUGCAGAAGAAGGUGGAUGAGCUGAAUGGAUAUCUGAAACAGGAGCGCUCCAAGAGUGAAACUGAUGUUGUCUCGGCUUCCAAGCACGAGGCUGUAUUGCGUAAAAUCGAAACCCUCAAUGCCAUCACCGAUAGCAAUCGUAUUCUGCGCGAGGAGCGCAAUACGCUGACCAAACGUGUCGCGGAGCUAACGGAGCGGAUCAGCAGUGUGGAGAAGGAGCUGUUCCCGCUGCAGUGCAGCAACAAGGAGCUGUCGUCCAAGAUUGAGGAGCUGAAUGUGGAGAACACCUCGUUGCGUACCGAGGCCAUCAAGUGGCGUCAACGGGCCAAUGCUCUGGUCGAGAAGAGCAACAGAAAUCCCGAGGAAUUCAAGCGCUUGCAGGCGGAGCGGGAAAAUCUCGCCAAGAUGCUGACUGCCGAGAAGGACUUGAACAAGAAGCAGUCCGAAGAUCUGGCGGCACUGAAGACACGCCUGGACAACGAGCUGCCAGCGUUGAACAAGAGCUUGCAGUUGCAGGACGAGGCACGCAAGAAGCAAAUGGAAGAGGUUACAGCCAUGAAGCAAGCAAACGCACGUCAAUCUCAGGACAUAAUGGAGUUGAAGAAUCGUCUGCUUCAGAAGGAAGAGGAGCUGCUCAAGGCCCAAGAGGACAUUGAGACCAAGGACAAGACCAUACAGGAUAAGGACAGCAAGGAGUUGAUGCUGCGCAAGCUGGCCAAGCGCUACAAGGACUAUUACAUGGGACUUCAAGCCCAGACAGGCGGCACCGAUACCGUUGCCGAGCUGGAGAAAGUGCGCUCCGAACUGGACGAGGUGAACAGCACAUUGCGCAACUCCAAGGAGCAACACGAACAGCUUCAGAAGGAGCAUGACGAGCUGAAAUCUCGCUCAACCGGGGAACAGGACAGCAAUGAGUCCAAGCAAAAGAUCGAGCAGCUAUUGCAGGAGUUGUCGGUGACCAAGACGGAGUUGGCCAACCAGGAGACGAUACUGGCUGGCACCAAGACCAGCUACGAUGAAACCGUGCUGCGUCUCGAAAAGGAACUGCAGGAUCACAUUGCCAGCAACAAGGACAUCAAUGCGCGUCUCAUGCGUGAAAAUGAAUCGUUGCACAUGCGUAUCAAUCAAUUGCAGCGUCAACUGGGCUCCCAACAGUCCACAAAGCCCUCCACUAGCUCCGUGGGCAUGGCCGAGAAGGGCAACAUCUCCGAGUCCUCGCCGCGCACGGCAAAUGUGAAGCCAAUGUCGGGCUCGGCCACCGUCCAGCAGUCGGCGACGGUGACGCCCUGGCGUGGCAGCGAGACUCCAUUGGCCAGCAUUCGUCCAAUAUCCGUGCAGAAUAGUCGCACUGCAGCUAUACUGCCCACCAGCCAGCAACCGGGUGCAUCCACUUCAACGUCUACCUCGACGUCCACUUCGUCGGCAGCAGCGGCUUCGGGCAGCAGCAGCAGCUCGGCUGUGGGCAACACGGCGCUGGUGCCGCCACAGCAACAGGUGCACACCACAGGCAGUGCCACCUUGGAGUCAAUGGCCUCGUCGUCGCCCACAUCCUCGCACACCGAUUACAUGCCCUCGACGAGCUCCGCAGCUGUGGCCGUUGCUGCCAUUCCGCCCAUGGGCGCCACAGCAGCAGCGGAGAGUUCCCAGGAGGCGGAAAGUGUGCAGCAUCCGCAACAGAACGAUGCCCAGCUAUUUGUCGGUGGUGCACAGCAGCAGGUGGUUGCAUUGGUUUCACCUCGAGUUGAGGGCUCAUCGUCCUCGUCAUCCACUAGCACAACCACCUCGACCUCCACUCAAAAUCAAACCGUUCCCAAUGUGCAGGAUGCAAGCAAUCAGCAGCAGCCGAGCACAUCCGGCAGCAGCAGCAGCUCCUCCACUGUGGUAAGCAGCCACAGUCGCCACACACCGUCCAGCAGCAAUGUGACCACCACUCAAGCGGGCUGCUCCAAGCGUCCACGCGAUGUCGAAGGCGACUCCUCCACCAAUGCCGAGGAGGGUGUUCCCGAGAAGAUUGCCAAGCUAACCAAGCGCCUGCGCACUCCUAUGCACGGCGGUGAACUGUCGGCAGGGCACAUUGGUGACUCCGGCAUGGAUGUGGACCAGAUGCCCACAUCAUCGCAACGCGACCAGGAGGAUGACAUACAGGUAGUCGACUCUGAUGAUGAAGAGGAGGAGGAUGUGCUGGGUCCCAUUGAUGGUGGCGAUGCCGAGCAGGAGGAGGGUUACGAGGACUCCUACGAGCAGGACAACGAAAUGGAAGAUAACGAUGGUGCAGAUGCACCCGAUCAGCACAAUGAAGUGGACAUCGAACAGGUGCAAGUGCAGGCUCAGGCCGAGAGUCAAUUACUUGAAGAUUCACCCGCCACCGUGUCGACCCAAGAGAACAAUCAAAGCCAGGCGAUUACCAGCGGCAGUGGCGAAUCAACUGCACAGCCACCACAAGCCGAGGCCAACUGGAAGCAGGCACCUUCAACAUCAACGGCUGCAGCGCGUCGCACAGAAAGUUCUGUGGAGAUCGUGAGCUCCCCACAAGUUUCCAACUUUAGCGAGCAGCCAACCUGCGUAGAGAUCGAGGUGGAUGGCACAGCUGUAGCGGAGGCUGCUGCGGCGGUGGAUGAGAGCAACGCUGCCGGCACCAGCGUUGAUUGCACAGCUGCCGUCGCCAGUUCGCCACAGAAACCAAAUGAGGCAGCCGAACAGAGCAGCAGUAGCAGCGGUCAUGCCGCAGAGGCGAAGGAUAAACCAGAUGAAAGUGAGACGGCUGACACGGAGAACGCAAGCGAGGCAGAUGAAGCAUUUGCCGAAGAGACAGCCGCAGACCAGGCUGAGGAUUCCCAGCAGCUCAGCAAUGAAAAUCCUAAUGUGGGCACAAGUCAGUCUGUGGAGACGGAGAAUCAGGAUAAUCAAGCUGAGGGUCCCUCAGAGGAUAACGAGGGAACCGAUGGCGUCUCUUCGGAGGGUGAAAAACAAGCCGUUGAAGUUGAGGAGGAGGGUCGCGAGGCUGAGGCAACGUCACCGUCCGAGAACACACGAUUCCGCACACUUCGCAGCGCAGUGCCCACACGACGCGGAGGUCGCUCCAUAAUGCGCGGCAACAACACCAACAACAAUGCCAACAGGCCAGCUCGUAUUGUCUGGCAGCGCGACUCGUCGACGGGCGGCAUGCGCGGGCAUCCCGGUAACCAGGGGGGCCACCAGGAUCAGCAUAUGCCAAGUGGUUCGCCCAACAACAAUCGCAUAUUCGCCAAUCGUUCACGAGGUCGUCGUCCCAUGCGGCGUCCAGGGCCAAAUAACUUCAACAGCGGAGGUGGUGGAUACCCAUGAAGGAGUCUGGCACAGGCUGACUAUAAUCCAUACUGUUAGUUUGAUAAGGCUUUAGGCAUUUAAAUAUAUUGAAUACAUUACAAUUAAGCCGCCAAAACUGAAAAUACAUACACAUAUUCAAUGC